CCGCGGACCAUGGUGCAGCAGGCCGAGAGCUCGGAAGCCGAGAGCAACCUGCCCCGGGACGCGCUGGACACCGAGGAGGGAGAGUUCAUGGCGUGCAGCCCGGUGGCCCUGGACGAGAGCGACCCGGACUGGUGCAAGACGGCGUCGGGCCACAUCAAGCGGCCCAUGAACGCCUUCAUGGUGUGGUCCAAGAUCGAGCGCAGGAAGAUCAUGGAGCAGUCGCCCGACAUGCACAACGCCGAGAUCUCCAAGAGGCUGGGCAAGCGCUGGAAGAUGCUGAAGGACAGCGAGAAGAUCCCGUUCAUCCGGGAGGCGGAGCGCCUGCGCCUCAAGCACAUGGCUGACUACCCCGACUACAAGUACCGGCCGCGCAAAAAGCCCAAGACGGACCCGGCGGCCAAGCCCAGCGCGGGCCAGAGCCCCGACAAGAGCGCGGCGGGCGCCAAGGCGGCCAAGGGCCCCGGCAAGAAGUGCGCCAAGCUGAAGGCGCCGGCGGGCAAGGCGGGCGCGGGCAAGGCGGUGCAGCCUGGCGACUGCGGCGCGGGCAAGGCGGCCAAGUGCGUCUUCCUGGACGACGACGACGACGAAGACGAUGAGGACGACGAGCUGCAGCUGCGGCCCAAGCCGGACGCGGACGACGACGACGACGAGCCCGCGCACUCGCACCUGCUGCCGCCGCCGGCGCAGCAACAGCCCCCGCAGCUGCUCCGGCGCUACAGCGUGGCCAAGGUCCCCGCCAGCCCCACGCUCAGCAGCGCGGCCGAGUCCCCGGAGGGUGCGAGCCUGUAUGACGAGGUGCGCGCGGGCGGCCGGCUCUACUACAGCUUCAAGAACAUCACCAAGCAGCAGCCUCCGCCCGCGCCCCCCGCGCUGUCGCCCGCGUCCUCACGCUGCGUGUCCACCUCCUCCUCCAGCGGCAGCAGCAGCGGCAGCGGCGCCGAGGACGCCGACGACCUCAUGUUCGACCUGAGCUUGAAUUUCUCCCAGGGCGCGCACAGCGCCUGCGAGCAGCCACUGGGCGCGGGCGCGGCGGGGAACCUGUCCCUGUCGCUGGUGGAUAAGGACCUGGAUUCCUUCAGCGAGGGCAGCCUGGGCUCCCACUUCGAGUUCCCCGACUACUGCACGCCGGAGCUGAGCGAGAUGAUCGCGGGGGACUGGCUGGAGGCGAACUUCUCCGACCUGGUGUUCACGUAUUGAGGGGCACCGGGCUCCUCGGGAGGCAUUCGUGGCGGUCAGGAUAAA